AAGAGAAUGAAAGAAAUCAUGUUACAGUGUUUUCUCUCCGUCAAAUCCAAGCUGGAAUGCAAACUGGGCUUCUUUGAUCUCAUCGGCUGCGACUUCCUGAUUGAUGAAGAUUUUAAGGUGUGGCUCUUGGAAAUGAACGCCAAUCCUGCUUUGCAUACCAACUGCACGGGGCUGAGGACCGUCAUUCCCACGGUGGUGAACGAGACCCUGGAUUUGACCAUCGAGAUCUUCACCAAGGCUCAGAAGACUCAGAGCAUUCUCCCCCUGGAGUCCCUCUGCCAUUUCGUCCUCCUCUACAACGGGACAGCGUCCAACAACGGGCUCCCCCAGGCAUCCAAGAGCAAGACCUCCCUCUAUUCUCUAAAGAUCCCCCGGGCAAGUCUGGAGAAAGCCACCAGCAGCAGCAGCAACCUCGGGCUGCCCAACCCUCUUCCGCCGGACAAACAGCCGUCCCCCAAAGUCCCCGAGAAGGUGUUGAAGGCGGACAGCAAAGGAGAGCCGUCUGGCGCUUCUGACGGGCUGGCUGUGCCCUCCGUCAAAGGUCUCCGGCGAGACCCGCUCCCCAUGCCUCAGAUCCAGAUCUCCAUCGUCCCCAGCCUGACCUGCUGUCCUUCUGUCAAAGCCAUCCUCCGGAGACACCAAGUCUGCACCAGUGGCAACCAGUACAUCAUCAAACCCGUUCCGGCCACCCCGGACAAGGCCGAGGGCUCCGAGGAUCCAGCCAAGUCCUUCCAUCUGCCCCGCGGGAACUCCAAAGAUAAGUCCUACACCACCUGGUUCCAGCAAACCUUCGGGACCAAGAUGCCAGCGGCCAGCGGCAACGGCAGCACGGAGAAUGCCUUGACCAGCUCGCAGAUGCUCUCCCUCCAUCUUCAGUCCAACUUGCCGCCCAACGGCCUGCUCCUCCCGGAGUUCCCCAAGUCCUUCUCCCCACUGGUGGUCAAGGGGCCGGCGGCGGCCGAGAGCAAGUCCAGGGCCGUAACUGUCAGCCAGAGUUGCCGGGAACUGCUCCCAGACGAGAAAAAGAUCUCCCACCGGGGCUCCUAAAACGCCGGACGCCGGCGUAUUCCGAAAGUCCCCCCUUUUCUUAUAAAGAACAAAACCAGGAAGGAAAAGAAGGCCGGAGAAACACCCUUCUUUCUGAUGUGUUCCAGCAUCUUUCUUGGCACGGGAGGCGGGGGGUGUUCUGGGUGGGCACGACGUCUGUUCGAUCUCUCUGGGCCACUUAAAUAUUUCCCCCCAAAACCCACAGGGCGAAAUGCUGUAUUUGCUUAAAAGCCAAUCACACCCCCCCCUUUCUUUUGUUUAAUUUUUUGAGCCGCGGAGAGCUUUCUGCUUUUCUCCCCCUUUGGCAUUAUUAUUAUUAUUUUCCCUCCCCCUCUCCAAAGACUUAUGACCACUACAAUUCCCAUCCUCCUGCGGUUGUGCAAAUUAAUGGGCGGUUUCCAAGGCUUUAUUGGACUAGAUGAUCUCUCUGGGACCCCCGUCCAGCUCUUUGGUUCUGGACUGGAGACAUUCCAACGUUUCUGAAAAUUGCCAGGUUGAGGUCUUUUUGAUAGGGGAUGAUGUGUUAUGGGAAAACCAUACCACACCCUGAGCCCAUGAUGGAGGAAUAAUAUACAACUCAUAAUAAGAAUAAUAGACUGCAGCCUAAACCUGGGUCAAAAUGCCCAGAAUCCAGUUUAUUUCGGUAGGCCACAACCGUUUGCUUUAUUAAGUGGGUCGAAAAAAACCCAACAUGUGGGAUGACCCACCAACAGGACAAUCUUUGUCUUCUAAUUCUUGGCUGUUUUUUCCCCGCGUCUCCGACGAGGUGGCUUCCGUUUUUGUGCCUCAUUCUCAGCUCCCUCCACCAAAAGAGUCUUCGGGUCAGCUUCCAAAAGGCUACAGCCCGUCCUGCGGAGUUGGACAGGGGGUUGAGCCCCUCCACCCACCCUUCCCAAUUCUUUCAGUAUACGCUCCCAGCACGCUCCCGAUGGCCUAGGUUACUAUUCCGGGAUGCCCAGGCCCACGGCGUUCCCACAACCGUCGAUUCUAGCCCUCCCACCCAAUCCUUGCAGGCUCGUGGCACCGUCUUCCUGGCCUCUCCACCUUUCCUCCCCCGUGGAAUGUGGUUGUGCAAAUCAGCACAGGCCCCACUUUGCAAAGGGUUGCGUGAAGGCAACUAAGGGUCCCAACUCCUGCGUGGGAAAAUGGAGCUUUCCGCGAGAUUUGGCCUCCCAUGAAAGAACCUGCGGUGGUUACUCUAGCUCACACCUCCCCCGUAGAAUUCUCUACACCGUCCACGAGUAUCUUUGGUGGAGGGAUGAAGUAAGCAGCUAGGGCCAUCAAGAGGCGGUUGAACCUUGAACUGCCUUCCUCCUUUGUGAACUGAUGGGAGUUAUAAUUCACCAUUUGGACCGUAAGACGGUCUCUCCUCGGUUUUAUUACACCCGUGACAAUAUCCCAUUGGGUGCGGUGAUUUGAAUAACACAACAAAACAGCACAGAACCCUUUUGCGGUGCUUCAAUCCGGGAGGAUUUGGGAUUGGUGCAAAUUACGCCCCUUACUCAUAGCAGGCCACCGUUCUCCUACAAAAGCUAAGGAAUUUGGAAAAAGGAAUCAUUUGCCUCUACAAAUCUCCCUGU